AUGAGCUACGUUUCUAUUCUUUAUACAUUGAACCCAAAUGUUGACAGAUUUAAACGGCACACAGUUCAGAGAGCUAGAGACCUCAAUAUCAACAUCGUGGCUUAUGACUGGUUCGAGGACUCCUUGAUGUCCAAAGCGUACCGGCCCAAACGCGAGGGACCUUACUUACAGAAUCUCAUUUGGGAGAGCGCAAUGACAAAUACAAAAGGUAUCGAUAUAGGUAUGGGAAAGAUCUUCUCUUACCGCAUGUACAAGCUCGCUAAUGUGAUGCUUUGCUUAGAGAAAGUCCUUGGAGAGUUUCAGAAUGAAGCACGAGCUGUUGUCUCGGAUAUAGAGAAAUUGGGAUAUCACCUCUAUAUCGACAAGAACACUGGAGUGAGCUACUCCGCUACUCUAAUCGACAUACGCUUGUCAAACAUCGUUCCCGCAAAGAAAAAUUCAUCGUUGGUGUUAGUGUGCCAGACCUUUUCGUUACUCGGGCCUCAGAAUUCGCAUGAGGUGUACGAAAUGAACAAAGAACCACACACGUAUACUACGUAUGUGAAAUACACUCGUGUCGGGGUAGCAAGCAAAGACAUGCUCGCUCCGAAAGGGAGCAGUCUAGAUUCCACUUUAUUUGCGUUUAAGAGAUUCUUUCAUGUAAAAACCGGGGUGGAGUGGAAAGAUGGCUUUGGCAAUUCGAAGCUGAGUUCUGGUACGAAACUCGAUAAAGAGGGAAAGAUUCAUCUUGAACCUCCGGAAUGA